CUUGGAUAUCUUUUAAAACUUGAAACAAACUGCACAGCGUCGCCGCCAUGGACGACCUAUUCGACGUCUUCGAGCAGCAGCCUCGCGCUCCCAAGAAGCGCAAGGCCCCAGCCGACCAGAGUCAAGAUGUUGAAAUGACCGAUGGCACCGACCAUGCCGCUUCCCAGGCUGAUCAGUCCAUCAAAACCGAGGAUGCAUCGCCCGCUGAAGAACACCACCCGCAAGAGAUGUCGCACGGCGAUAUGAAGCGCCAGAAGCUCGAGGGUGAGCCAGAACCUGCCGCGCCUGUCAUGGCCGAUUCCUUCCAGACGGCCCAGUCAAGAGAAGUCAAUGCCGCUGCAGGCUUUGCUCCUGGCGAAGAGGGAGAGUCUAUCGUCCUGUCGCAUAAUAUCCAGCAUCAGGUCGCGCUCCCCCCUGACCUCGACUACGAGUACAUCCCUCUUUCCGAGCACAAGGCUCCCGAAGAGCCCGCCCGAGUGUACCCCUUCAAGCUCGAUCCCUUCCAGGCCCUGUCCGUCGCCUCGAUCGAGCGCGGCGAGAGUGUGCUCGUUUCGGCUCACACAUCUGCCGGCAAGACGGUCGUCGCCGAAUAUGCCAUUGCGCAGUGUCUCAAGCGCAAUCAGAGAGUCAUUUACACGAGUCCCAUCAAGGCCCUCAGCAACCAAAAGUACCGCGACUUCCAGGCCGAGUUUGGUGAUGUUGGUCUCAUGACCGGAGAUGUCACCAUCAACCCAACCGCCAGUUGCUUGGUCAUGACAACCGAAAUUUUGCGAUCCAUGCUGUACCGAGGUUCCGAAAUCAUGCGUGAAGUUGCCUGGGUCGUCUUCGAUGAAAUCCAUUACAUGCGCGACAAGACUCGUGGUGUGGUCUGGGAAGAGACCAUCAUCCUCCUUCCCGACAAGGUCCGAUACGUCUUCCUGUCCGCCACUAUUCCCAACGCCUUCCAGUUCGCCGAAUGGAUCGCCAAGAUCCAUCGUCAAGCCUGCCACGUUGUCUAUACCGAUUUCAGACCGACACCAUUACAAAACUACUUCUUCCCCGCCGGUGGCAAGGGUAUCUUCCUGAUCGUUGACGAAAAGGGUAACUUCAAGGAGAACAAUUUCCAGCAUGCCAUGAACUUGAUCGAGGCCAACAAGGGCUCCGAUCCUGCCGACUGGAGCGCGAAGAGGAAGGGAAAGGGCAAGGACAAGAAAACCAACAAGGGUGGCGAUGCCCCGAACGAAACAGCCGACAUCGCCAAAAUCAUCAGAAUGAUUGUCAAAAAGAAGUUUCAGCCAGUUAUUGUUUUCAAUUUCAGCAAGCGGGAUUGCGAGCAGAUGGCUCUCAAGAGUUCCCACAUGAAGUUCAACGCGCCCGACGAGGAGCUCAUGGUCGACAAGGUCUUUGAAAACGCCCUUCAGCAGCUGUCGGACGAAGACAAAAACCUCGCUCAAAUUACCAACAUUCUUCCCCUUCUCCGCAAGGGCAUAGGUGUCCAUCACUCCGGUCUCCUGCCUAUCCUCAAGGAGACCAUCGAGAUUUUGUUCCAGGAGGGUUUGAUCAAGGUGUUGUUCGCCACAGAAACAUUCUCUAUCGGCCUGAACAUGCCUGCCAGGACCGUCGUUUUCACACAAGUCACGAAGUGGGACGGUGUAGCCAGGCGACCGCUCACUUCCUCCGAGUACAUUCAGAUGGCUGGCAGAGCCGGUCGUCGUGGUCUCGAUGACCGCGGUAUCGUCAUUAUGAUGGUUGACGACAAGCUAGAUCCUGAUACUGCCAAGUCCGUCGUUGUCGGCCACCAGGACCGCCUCAACUCGGCGUUCCAUCUUGGCUACAACAUGAUCCUCAACCUAUUGCGUAUCGAGGCCAUCUCCCCUGAAUUUAUGCUCGAGAGGUGUUUCUUCCAGUUCCAGAACGCCGCUAGCGUGCCCCAGUUGGAAAAGGAACUCACUGCUCUGCAAGAGGAGAAGGAUGCGAUGUUGCUCCCCGAUGAGAGCACGGUGAAGGACUACUAUCAUCUCCGCGAGCAGCUUAAGGAGCUGACCAAGGACAUGACUUCCGUCAUUCACCACCCUGCCAACUGCAUGGAGUUCAUGCAGCCCGGUCGCGUCAUCCAGAUUGAGACUCCAGACGGCGUUAAUUUCGGCUGGGGAGUCUUGUUCGACACUGUGGCCCGCAAGGCCCCCAAGCAUGGCGAAUCUGACUACCCGCCACAGGAGCAGUACUUCUGUGAUGUUCUUCUCAAGCUCUCCAAGGAGAGCAAAUCCUUCAAUCCUGCAGUCAGGGAAACUAGCAAGAAGGGCGGCAAGUUUAUCAUGCCGGAAGGUCAGAUUCCAGAACAAGCAGACGAAGAUGGGGAGUGGGAAGUUGUGCCUUGCCUCCUGUCCUGCGUCAAGUCUCUGAGCCAGCUCCGUGUCUUCCUCCCCAAGGAUGUUAGGUCACGAGAGGAGAAGGAAAACGUCGGCAAGUCUCUGCUGGAAAUUCAGCGCCGUUUCGCGGAUGGGAUCCCCAUCAUGGACCCGAUCGAGAACAUGAACAUCAGAGAUGACAGCUUUAGGAAGCUUCUCAGAAAGAUCGAGGUCUUGGAGUCGAGGCUGCUUGCCAAUCCCCUUCACAACUCGCCGUUAUUGCCCCGGUUGUACGAGGAGUUUGAGGCCAAGACCAAGUUGACGGAGCAGAUCAAGGAGAAGAGGAAGGCGAUUGGUAAGGCUCACACGAUUGCUCAGCUUGACGAGCUCAAGUCACGGAAGAGGGUGCUGCGGAGGUUGGGGUUUAUCGAUGAGAAGGAGGUUGUGCAGAUGAAGGCGAGGGUGGCGUGCGAGAUUUCGUCUACAGAGGGGCAUGAGUUGCUGCUGGCGGAGUUGCUUUUCAAUCGGUUCUUCAACGAGCUCACCCCAGAGGUUACGGCCGCCAUCCUCAGCGUGUUCAUCUUUGACGAAAAGGUUGAGACGGACGCGCUGAAGGAGGAGUUGGCGAAGCCGUUUAGGGAGGUGCAGGCUCAGGCGAAGAUUAUUGCCAAGGUCAGCGCCGAGAGCAAGUUGGAUGUGAAUGAGGAGGAGUAUGUCAAUAGCUUGAAGUGGCAGUUGAUGGAGACGGUGAUGGCUUGGGCGAAUGGGAGGCCGUUUGCUGAGAUCAGCAAAAUGACUAAUGCUUAUGAAGGCUCCCUGAUCCGGCUGUUUAGACGGUUGGAGGAGCUGCUUAGGCAGAUGGCUGAGGCGGCCAAGGUGAUGGGGAGUGAUGAGCUCAAGGAAAAGUUUGAGGCGGCGUUGGGCAAGAUUAGGAGGGAUAUUGUUUCUUUUAACUCUCUUUAUCUCUAGGUGAGAUGUCCUCGCUGGAGAGCAGAUAGGCAGCUGGGGGGUAGCACUGUUAAUGUGGUUAGCAUGGAUGACGAUGGAGAGGAGGCGGGGAUUUGUGUAUGCAUUUUUGUACCGAGUUCCCGUUCAUGUUUUAAGGCGUUUUUUGGAGCUAGGCAGAUAGGCAUAGGAAAAAGAAUACCAGGCAGAGUUUUGUCUUUGAG